AUGUCUCUGAGCCUUGUUGCCUUCAAGUGUGACUGGUUCAUGUUUUCCGCAGUGCCCGAGGACAGCAUCGGUGUGUUAAACGGGCCCCUGAUGCUGCACUGUGCCGCGUAUGAUUUAGGCCUCCAAGAAGCGCUGCCUGUUGCCUGGGAGAAGGACUUCGGGAGUGGAACUCCAGUCGCUCUUAGUUCAAAGAUGCAUCAGAUGCCCAAUGGAUCUCUACUCUUCGCCCAGCUUCAGGAGGAAGACCUGGGAACGUAUACAUGUAGUGCCAGGACAGGCUUGAACAACAUCAAGACCACGGUCAGCAUCUACAAGGCUGAUAUAGGAGAGGUUUUCUUCAGUCCACUUUCUCAGACGGUGCACGAGGGUCAGAUGGUGUUUCUUCAGUGUGUGUCUGGAGACAGUUCACCUACUGCUCACAUCUCCUGGCUGAAGGAUGGACGGACACUCAACAGAGGAACUCAGAUUCAGGGCCAAUAUGGCGGUGGGAAUGAAAGGAAGACCUCGGCCACACUCCAAAUAGAACGCGUCUCAGAGGAGGACGAGGGAGUCUAUGUCUGUGUUACUCAUAAUUCUCUUCUGAACAUCAGCAAAGAAAGUAACAUGGCAACUUUAAAUGUGUCUGACUCUGAUAUUGGUUUGGAGAUUGUACGCGGACCUGAGAACAUCACUGUUGCUACAGAGACUGAAGCUGUGCUCCAUUGCUCUGUGCGGGGAUUCCCAGAUCCCGUUGUACGCUGGUUUAAAGAUGGCAAGUCUGUGGGUAAUAACUCUCGCCAAAGUCUUCAUCACAAUGGACAGCUCCUUAUUAUAAGAAACGUGUUGGAGAAAGAUGAGGGAUUCUAUCAUUGUGAGGUAGAAAAUGAUAAGGACCUGGUGAUAUCCAACCCAGCCUAUCUCCUUCCAGCAGUGAUGGAAUGGACCUUUCUGAGAGAGCCAGCUAAUAUUACUGCCUUCAUGUCAAUGUGUAUUUGUGCAGUGAGAGAGUGA